GAGAAGGAGCGUGCGCAUUAAAUAAAACGCUACCUGGAUGAAAAACGUUCUCACAAAAGUCGUUGUUAAAACACACAAACAACCACACUAACUGCAUUCUCAUUUCUCUUCUCCUCUCUUAAUACACUCAAACAAUCAAAUCAAAAUCAAAACCAUAAAACGCUGCGUUUCAUUCUUACAUUCAAUUACGAUUUCAACUUCUCCGUGCCCUAACUCCAUCAUUUUCCGGUGAUCCCAUGGCCAUCGCCGCCGGCAACAAUAAACCAAACUCCGACGCGAAUCUCUUCCGUCUCUGUCCCUUUUGGAGUUCUUCAGGAAACGCACAGAAUCAAACCGAAGGAAACGCUCAAAAAACCUCCAAAACGGUGUCGUCUGUAGCAAGGUCGUUGUUGCUACCUCCUCGACGUAGACUCCGUCUUGAUCCUUCCAAUCACCUUUACUUUCCAUAUGAACCGGGUAAGCAGGUUAGAAGUGCUGUUCGAUUAAAAAACACUAGCAAGUCUCGUGUUGCUUUUAAGUUUCAAACUACGGCACCAAAGAGUUGUUACAUGCGGCCCCCUGGUGGAAUUCUUGCUCCUGGAGAAAGUGUGAUUGCAACUGUGUUUAAAUUUGUGGAACAACCUGAAAACAAUGAAAAGUUGUCGGACCAGAAGAACAAGGUCAAGUUCAAAAUCAUGAGUCUCAAAGUGAAAGAAGGGGUGGACUAUGUCCCUGAGCUGUUUGAUGAACAAAAGGAUCUAGUUACAGUGGAACGAGUCUUGGGGGUUGUGUUUUUAGAUCCAGAACGGCCAAGUCCCGCUUUGGAAAAACUGAAAAGACAGUUGGCUGAAGCUGAUGCUGCAGUUGAAGCUCGGAAGAAGCCUCCCGCGGAGACAGGUCCUCGAGUUGCUGCUGAAGGUCUUGUCAUCGAUGAAUGGAAAGAAAGAAGGGAAAAGUACCUGGCUCGGCAACAAGUUCAAGCAGUAGAUUCAGUGUAAAGUGCAAUUUGUUCUUCCAGCUAGUGCUUUUCUUCAGAGUAAAAUGAACCAAGAUGUUAUUGAUGUCGAUUUGUCGCCAUCAACCUAGGAUGCAAUUCAAGAUAUAACAGUCCAUUGAGAUUAUUGUCAAAAAAUUCUGGUUCUUUGGAAGAAAAGUCAUACCUGUAUAUAGUAGAGUUUGGUUGUUUGUAAAAUAAAUGCUAGUCUUCACUACAAUCCUUGUGAAAUAACGUUGAAAUAACAGAUAUGAUCAUGUCAUUUUUUGUUGUGUAUCUUUGUUAUGAUCAGACACAUACAUCAAAUUAUUCAAAACUCAAUCCACUUUUAUUGGA